AUGGAGGAGAAUGACCCCAAGCCCAGCGAGGCGGCGGCGGCGGCGGCGGCGGCGGAGGGGCCGCGGCAGCCGGAAUCCAGCCCCGGCGGCGGCUCUGGCGACGCGGACACUGGCCGCCGGCGGAAUCUGAUGCUGCCUGCCGUUCUGCAGGCGCCGGGCAACCACCAGCACCCGCACCGCAUCACCAACUUCUUCAUCGACAACAUCCUGCGGCCCGAGUUCGGCCGGAGAAAGGACGCGGGGACGUGCUGUGCCGGCGCGGGAGGAGGAAGAGGUGGCGGCGGCGAAGGCGGCGCGGGCGGCGCGGACGGAGGCGGCGGCGCGGGCGGCGCCGAGCAGCUCCUGGGGUCCGGCCGGGAGCCCCGGCAUAGCGCUCCCUGUGCGCCGAGCGCGGGCGGGCCGCUGCCCGGCGGCGGCGGCGGCGGCGGCGGCGGCGACUCUCCGGGCGAAGGAGAAGGCGGCUCCAAGGCGCUCUCGCUGCACAGCGGCGCCAAGAAAAGCGGCGACGCCGGCGGCCCCCUGGACGGGGCGCUCAAGGCCCGCGGCUUGGGCAGCGGCGGCGACCUGUCGUUGAGCUCGGACUCGGACAGCUCGCAGGCCAGCGCCAACCUGGGCGCGCAGCCCAUGCUCUGGCCGGCCUGGGUCUACUGCACGCGCUACUCGGAUCGGCCUUCCUCAGGCCCCAGGUCCCGCAAACCAAAGAAGAAGAACCCCAACAAAGAGGACAAGCGGCCGCGCACGGCCUUCACGGCGGAGCAGCUGCAGAGGCUCAAGGCCGAGUUCCAGACCAACAGGUACCUGACGGAGCAGCGGCGCCAGAGCCUGGCCCAGGAGCUCAGCCUCAACGAGUCGCAGAUCAAGAUCUGGUUCCAGAACAAGCGCGCCAAGAUCAAGAAGGCGACAGGCAGCAAGAACACGCUCGCCGUGCACCUCAUGGCCCAGGGCCUGUACAAUCACUCCACCACGGCCAAGGAGGGCAAGUCCGACAGCGAGUAGCCGCCGCCGCCGCCUCCACGCCGCCGCCGCGGGCGUGCCCACCUUGCAAUAAUCUAAAGUCACAGAAAAAGGGCCAGUGUAUAAACAGUAUACCAGCAUUCCUAGGGAAAAGAUCACGUAUUAGCUAUGGUUCUGCAAUAUUCUAUGUGUAUAUAAUUUACAGGUGGUGUAAAAUCCGAAAUAUCUGACUAUAAAAUAUUUUUGAUUUUUUUGUGUUUAUGAGAUUAUGCUAAUUUUAUGAUUUUUUUUAUUGCCGAGGGAGCUGCUUAGGGUUUCUUUCUUUCUUUUUUUUUUUUAAUCCUCUAAGCUCCAUGGUGGGACAUGGGACACUUUUUUUUUUAAAUUUCAAAAGAUAAAAAUUAAAACAACUUGCUGAAGUCCAAAGAUUUUUAUUGCUGCAUUUCACACGACUGUGAACCGAACCGAAUAAAUAGCUCCUACUUGGUCUGUGAGCUCUGCCACUUUGUUCCCGUGGGCCUGGCGCGGUCGGCUGCGGGGUGCUCCCCGGCCCCCGCCUGGGCGGCCCCAGGGCCCUGGCCGGCAGUGGGACUGCCAGGGUCCCCGGAGGAGAGCAGAGAGGGUGGGGGGCCUUGGCCACCGAGGGGGCUGUGCCCUGGUGCCAAGGCCUGCCGGGCUGGGGGCCCGCGGUGGGCCUCCACCUGGCCCCACUUUGCUCCCCCCUCCUCCUGCCUUCCCUCCCUGCCCACCCUCCUCCUCCUCUCCAGGCCUCUGCGUGCUUCCGUCUGCCUCUGUAUUUGUAUCGCUGUCCCCUGUCCCUCCGCCGGAAACCAGCGCCAGCUCUCUGGCCUCUGGGCCCCAGGGCUGCGGGGCUGAGGAGCCCAGGAGCAGAGGAGCGACCCUCCUCGUUCCAGGCCCGGCUCCGGGCCCCUCCGGCGGCUCCGACAGCCCCCCGCCCC